CAGACAUCGUCGGGGUCGGAAGGCGGGAGACGCCACCUCCGUCGUCGACCGUGACGGUGCUCGACAGCCGCCGACGGCGGAGGAAGCGACGACUUUGUUAUGCUUCUGAAGUUGGUUAACCCCUCGGCAUUGUUGACCAAGUUCCCAUGAAUUUAUUCCCAUUUUUUCUCGGAAACCUCCCUUCCUGUUCCCUCUCUUUUCCAUGAAAAGCCACAAUUCCGCCAUGAAACGCCACCACCACCUCAUGCUAUAUAAGUUCCCUCCCCCUCCGCCGAUUGAAUCCAAAUUCACGACGAAAUGGGGAGCACCAUCAACCUCGGAAAAGCCUUGGCGACCGGCAAUUUCGCCUCCUCGAAGCCCGCUCUCUCGCCGAACCUCGCCUCCUCUGUCUCCCUCUGCCAGGGCCCCCGCCGCCCGCCGGCGCCCCUGCGCGCGUCCUCCGAUGACGACCGGUUCACCGUCCUGGUGGCGGACGAGCUCGGAGAAGCGGGGCUGGGGAUCCUCAGGGAUUUCGCUGAAGUUGACUACGCAGUUGACCUCGCGCCGGAGGAGCUGUGCGCGAGGAUCGACGGAUGCGACGCCCUCAUCGUGGGGAGCGAGAUGAAGGUGAGCAGGGACUUGUUCGACUGCUCCAGAGGGAGGCUGAAGGUGGUCGGGAUCGCUGGGGGUGGGAUCGACAAUGUGAACUUGGCGGCGGCAAACGAGAAUCGGUGCUUGGUGGUGAAUGCCCCAAAUGCAAGUGCCUCGGCAGUGGCGGAGCACGCGAUUGCGCUCCUGACGGCCAUGGCCCGAAACGUUGCACAAGCUGCAGUUUCGGUGAAGUCGGGUGAUUGGCAACGGAAAAAGUAUGUGGGCAUGUCUCUUUCAGGGAAAACCCUUGCUGUUAUGGGUUUUGGAGAGGUUGGGUUUGAUGUUGCCCGACGUGCCAAAGGUCUUGGAAUGCAUGUAAUUGCAUAUGAUCCAUACGCCUCUGGUCAUCUAGCCCGUGCAAUUGGGGUAGAGCUGGUGACAUUCGACAAUGCCAUAGCGAAUGCAGAUUUCAUCUCCUUGCACAUGCAUCUUACUCCUGCCACACAGAAGAUGCUUAAUGAUGAGACCUUUGCAAAGAUGAAGAAAGGCGUUCAAAUUCUGAAUGUUGCUCAUGGAGGAUUGAUUGAUGAAGACGCUCUAGUCAGGGCACUUGAUUCAGGAAUUGUGUCUCGGGCAGCAGUAGAUGUUUUGAUAGAGGAGCCGCCAACAAAAGACAACAAGCUGGUCCAACAUGAGAAAGUUAUCGUCACCCCACAUCUUGGGGACAGUACUUUUGAAGCUCAGGGAGAAUUGGCUAUCGAAAUUGCAGAAGCGGUCAUUAAAGCUUUAGAAGGAGAUCUUCCUUCAACUGUAGUCAAUGAACCGAUGGUUGAGGCUGAGGUUCUUGCAGAGUUGAGACCAUUUCUGGACCUUGCAAUUAAUCUAGGAAGAUUUGCUGUUAAACUAAUAGCAGGAAGAGGUGGUUUCAAAACAGUAAAAGUCACGUACGCUUCUGCUAGAGAACCAGAUCAACUUGAUACGAAACUCCUCCGAGCCGGGAUAAUCAAGGGCCUCAUCGAACCCAUUUCCAGCGUCAUCGUCAACUGGGUGAAUGGAGAUUCAGUAGCUAAGCAAAGAGGGCUCAGAAUUACCGAAGAGCGAGUCAAUUUGACCGGUUCGCCAGAGUACCCUCUCGAGUUCAUCCAGGUUCAGAUUGCGAACGUGGACUCGAGAUUCGACGGCGCCGUAUCAACGUCCGGGGAGAUCGAAGUUGAGGGGCAGGUAAAAGACGGGCUCCCCUUCUUGACGAAGAUCGGGAACUUCGAGGUAGACGUUCUGUUGGAAGGGUGCAUACUACUCUGCAGGGCAAUCGAUCAGCCGGGUUCAAUAGGAAAGAUUGGAAGCAUCCUGGGAGAGGCGAACGUGAACAUCGGCUUCAUGAAAGUUACAAGGACCGCCGUGGACUCGGAAAGCAUGAUCUCGAUCAAGCUGGAUGAUCAACCCACCAAGGAAACGCUGAAGAAGAUCGGCGAGAUCGCCGCGAUUCGGGAGUUCGUUUUCCUGAUUGUGUAAAUGCUGCACACAACACGUUAUUUCAUUGUAACACAUUAUUUGAUGCCCUUUCAUCUCUACCUUUGUAAAGAUGUGUCACUUGUUAAGUUUCAAUUGCUUGAAUAACUUGGUUUCCCUUUUGAGAAU